UAUUCAGUCCUCUGAACGUGUUGUAGAUUUUGCACGACAGAUAUGGCAGCCAUGUUUCUCAAGACUUUGGUCGGCCUCCUCCUCCUCUUCUUCCAAAAAAAGCUUGCAGCCUCCGGCAGCGAAAGCCACGAAUUCAUCUUCAAUGGAUUCAGAGGCGCCAAUCUUACGCUCGACGGGGUGGCAUCCAUCACCUCCAGUGGUCUGCUGAGGAUCACCAACGCGACAACGCACGCGAAGGGCCACGCCUUCCGUCCAUCCCCACUUCGUUUCAGAGAUCAAACUACUGGUAAAAUCUUCUCCUUCUCCACCACUUUCGUCUUCGGCUUCAUCCCAGAACUCGCCAAUCUUAGCGGCCAUGGAAUCGUCUUCUUGAUUUCUCCCACCAAGGACUUCUCCAGAGCCUUGGGUAAUCGGUUCUUAGGCCUCUUCAACCAGAGCAACAAUGGGAACUCAAGCAAUCAUAUUCUUGGCAUCGAGAUCGACACAAUCCUUAGUCCUGAGUUCCAAGACAUCGAUGACAAUCAUGUCGGAAUCGACAUUAACAGCCUGACAUCUAACUCUUCCCACACCGCUGGUUACUAUGAUGACCACACUGGUUUGUUCAAAGCUUUAAGCCUUAAAAGUGGUGAAGCCCUGCAAGUUUGGGUAGAUUACGACGGCCAAGAGAUGCUGCUUAAUGUUACCUUAGCUUCAAUCCAAAUGGCCAAACCCCAAAAACCUCUCUUAUCUGCGACCAUCGAUCUAUCAAGCGUGCUAACGGAUCCUAUGUAUGUUGGAUUUUCCUCAUCCACUGGUUCAAUCCUGACGUCUCAUUACAUUCUGGGUUGGAGCUUUAACAUGAAUGGAGUAGCUCAAGCUCUCGACUAUUCCCUACUGCCCUCGCUCCCUCGUGUGAGACCCGAGCCAGGAUCAAAGGCGUUGGCGAUUUCACUGUCUCUAGCAUCAGCUGGACUAGUUCUAAUCGUCGUAGGAGCCCUGGUGUUCAAGGUAAGAUGGAGGGUCAAGUACGCUCAGCUCCUCGAGGACUGGGAGCUUGAGUACGGCCCUCAUCGGUUCUCCUACAAAGACUUGUACGAAGCUACCAAGGGUUUCAAGGACAAAGAUUUGCUCGGAAUAGGCGGAUUCGGAAAGGUCUACAAGGGGGUGCUGCAGACUUCGAAAUCGGAGAUUGCGGUGAAGAGAGUAUCUCAUGAAUCAAGACAGGGCAUGAGGGAGUUUAUAGCUGAGAUAGUUAGCAUCGGUCGCCUCCGCCACCGCAACCUUGUUCAGUUGUUGGGCUAUUGCCGACGCAAAGGUGAGCUCCUGUUGGUGUAUGAAUACAUGCCCAAUGGCAGCCUGGACAAGUUUCUGUAUGGCCAAGACAAGCCUACUCUGGAUUGGGCGACACGGUUCCGGAUCAUCAAAGGCGUGGCAUCAGGACUUCUGUAUCUACACGAAGAUUGGGAGCAAGUCGUCAUCCACCGAGACAUCAAGGCGAGCAAUGUGCUGCUCGACCACGAAUUGAAUGGUAGGUUGAGUGACUUUGGCCUAGCAAAGUUAUACGAUCGUGGAACGGAUCCACAGACCACCGGUAUCGCGGGAACCAUGGGUUACCUUGCUCCCGAGCUCCCUCGAACCGGCAAGGCGACCACCAUGACCGAUGUGUUUGCCUUUGGGGUUUUCAUUCUCGAGGUUGCUUGCGGAAGGAGGCCGGUGGGCUCGAUGGCGGACGAGCAGCUCCUUGUUCUGUUGGAUUGGGUGGUAGACAAUUGGCGGAAGGGAUCCAUACUCGAGACGAGGGAUCCAAGACUUGGCGAAGAGCUUGUGGUGGAGGAGGUGGAGCUGGUGUUGAAGCUCGGACUGCUGUGCUCGCAUCCACUGCCCGCAGCCCGGCCGAGCAUGCGCCAAGUGGUACGCUACUUGGAGGGCCAUGCACCGCUGCCGGAACUGUCGCCGACGUACCUCAGCUUCGGCGGUCUUGCUUUGCUUCGCAAUGAUGGCUUGGAUGAACAUUGCAUGUCAUAUAUAAUGCCCUUGGAAUUACUCUCUUCUGGACCCAAUAACAUUGAACUUGCCGCCUGUGCAGACGGAGCAGAUAGCUUCACCUACAGUGGAUUCAGAGGAGCCAAUCUUACCCUCGAUGGGGUGGCAGCGAUCUCAUCCGGCGGUCUUCUCGUGGUCACCGACAACACAGUCCAGUCGAAGGGCCACGCCUUCUACCGAACCCCACUUCGAUUCAAAGAGUCUCCUAAUGGUACCGUCUUCUCCUUCUCCACCACUUUUGUCUUUGCCUUCAUCUCAGAACCCGCGGACCUUAACGGGGAUGGGAUGGCCUUCUUAGUCUCCCCCACGAAGGACUUCUCCCGAGCCUUAGGUAAUCAGUAUUUAGGCCUCUUCAAUCUAAGCAGUGUCGGUAAUUCGACCAACCAUGUCCUUGCGAUCGAGCUUGACACAACCCGUAACCCCGAAUUCCAAGAUAUUGAUAAUAACCAUGUCGGCAUCGAUAUCAACAACUUGAAAUCUGAUGAGUCCCACACUGCUGGUUAUUAUCUGAAUGACACUGGUUCGUUCCAAAAUCUAAGUCUCAGGAGCGGCCAAACCAUGCAAGUUUGGGUAGACUAUGAUAGCCAUGAGAUGCUACUUAACGUGACCUUAGCUCCAAUCGCAAUGGCCAAACCCCGUAGACAUCUCUUAUCGGCGGUCGUCAAUCUUUCAAGCGUGUUGUUGGAAACUAUGUAUGUUGGAUUCUCCGCCUCCAAUGGUCCUUUCCUAACAUCUCAUUACGUCCUUGGUUGGAGCUUUAAGAUGAAUGGCGUAGCCCAAGCUCUCGACUCCUCUCUGCUGCCUUCUGUUCCUCGUGCGAAAUCAAAUCACAAGUUAAAGGUUUUGCGCCUCGGGCUGCCCUUGGCGUCAUCUACGCUUGUUUUAGUCAUCGUAGGGACUGUCGUGUUCAUCCUGAGACGGAGGAGCAGGUAUUCAGAGCUCCUGGAAGACUGGGAGCUUGAGUACGGGCCUCAUCGGUUCUCCUACAAGGAUUUGUUCAGGGCUGCCAAGGGUUUCAGGGACACGGAGCUUCUCGGAAUGGGCGCGUUCGGGAGAGUUUACAAGGGUGUGCUACCGUCUUCUGGGUCGGAGGUUGCAAUUAAAAGAGUGUCCCAUGGAUCAAGACAGGGUAUGAGAGAGUUCAUUGCAGAGAUCGUCAGCCUCGGUCGCCUCCGCCACCGAAACCUCGUCCAAUUGCUGGGCUAUUGCCGACGCCAAGGAGAGCUUCUGUUGGUGUAUGAUUAUAUGCCCAAUGGCAGCCUCGAAAAGUUCCUACAUGAUCAAGCUAAGCCUGCUCUGGAUUGGGCGACCCGGUUUCGGAUCAUCAAAGGCGUGGCUUCAGGUCUAUUAUAUCUUCACGAAGACUGGGAGCAAGUCGUCGUCCACAGAGACAUUAAGGCGAGUAAUGUGUUGCUCGAUAAUGAAUUGAAUGGAAGGUUGGGCGACUUUGGCCUAGCAAGGUUGUACGAUCAUGGAACGGAUCCACAGACCACUCAUGUCGUGGGAACCAUGGGUUAUCUUGCUCCCGAGCUUGCUCGAACCGGCAAGGCGACCACCAUCACCGACGUGUUUGCGUUCGGGGCAUUCCUUCUGGAGGUUGCUUGCGGCAGGAGGCCGGUGGACCCCACGGCGCACGAGGAGCAGCUGGUUCUACAGGAUUGGGUGGUGGAGAAAUGGCGGAAGGGAUCGAUACUGGAGACGAGGGAUCCGACGCUGGGAGAAGAGUACGCGGUGGAGGAGGUGGAGCUGGUUCUGAAGCUUGGACUGCUGUGCUCGCAUCCGCUGCCCACAAAGCGACCCAGCAUGCGCCAAGUCGUGCGGUACUUGGAAGGCCAUGCGCCGCUCCCGGAGCUGUCGCCCGCGAACCUGAGCUUCAGCCUUCUCGCGCUGCUUCGCAAGGAAGGUUUCGAUGACCAAAUCAUGUCGUGUCCUUCCUCCUCGGUGGCUACUGCAUCUGUGCUUUCUGGAGGUCGUUGACGGAGUCCAACGAUCGUUUUUGGCGUCUCCCCUCGUUUGUCCCUUUGUCAUAGUGUAUUGAUUGCUUUAGAGCACUAAUAGACAAUCUACCAGCUAUGGAGUAGUAAUAAAUACCCUAUGAUUGUUAUCAUGCCAUACUAAAAUGUUAUUUUAGUCUACAACUAAACCAAAACUCAAAGUGAGUGCC